UCUGCCUCUCUCAUUGUUGAAUGGUCAGGAGGUGUGUGAAUGUGUUCAUCUUUGCUGAGGAGGGGCUGUAUGCGUGCAGAAGUGUGUGUGAGUGUGUAUUUGUGUGCGUGUGUGUGCACCUGUGCGUUAAACCAGCAUUGUUCCUCAUAGAGGGAAAGCUGUGCCGCGCUGUUUGGAAAAUCCAAGGUCAUUGGAGCCCGGUCACAUGCGCCGUAUGAGAGCGUGCAUGUGUGAUUGAGUGUCUGUGAGAGCGUGUGUGUCUCUCUCUCUGGCUAUGUGACAGAGAAAGAGGCUUCAGGCAAAAAACAGAGAAUUUCAUCAGGUUUUCCAUCAAUGUACGGUGUUUGUGGAUGCUGUGGGGCCCUGAGACCCCGUUACAAGAGGCUGGUGGAUAACAUCUUUCCUGAAGACCCUGAGGACGGUUUGGUGAAAGCUAACAUGGAGAAGCUUACUUUUUACGCCUUGUCUGCUCCGGAGAAACUAGACCGUAUCGGUGCCUACCUGUCAGAGAGACUAUCCAGAGACGUUGCCCGGCAUAGAUAUGGGUAUGUUUGUAUUGCUAUGGAGGCCUUGGACCAGCUACUGAUGGCCUGUCACUGUCAGAGCAUAAACCUUUUUGUAGAGAGUUUCCUUACUAUGGUGCGCAAGCUGCUGGAGGCAGACAAACCCAAUUUACAGAUCCUGGGCACUAACUCAUUUGUGAAGUUUGCGAACAUAGAGGAGGACACGGCGUCAUACCAUCGCAGCUACGAUUUCUUCGUCUCACGCUUCAGUGAGAUGUGCCACUCCAGUUAUGAGGAUCCAGAUAUUCGCACAAAGAUUCGUAUGGCAGGGAUCAGGGGUCUUCAGGGGGUGGUGAGGAAAACUGUCAAUGAUGAGCUGCAGGCAAAUAUUUGGGACCCUCAACACAUGGACAAAAUCGUGCCAUCCCUUUUGUUCAACCUCCAACAGGAAGAAGGCAUAGAGAGGUCUCCUUCCCCAGAGACAGAGAAGGAGAAGGAGAGUCCAGUGGAGCUGACAGAGAGAUGUUUUCGAGAGCUGUUAGGACGAGCGGCCUACGGCAACAUCAAGAAUGCUGUGAAACCUGUGCUCAUGCACCUUGAUAACCAUUCACUCUGGGAGAGCAAAACAUUUGCAGUCCGCUGUUUUAAAAUCAUUAUGUACUCCAUUCAGUCCCAACACUCACAUCUGGUGAUUCAGCAGCUAUUGGGCCACUUGGAUGCCAACAGUAAAAAUUCAGCCCGAGUGCGUGCUGGGAUAGUGGAGGUGAUCUCAGAGGCAGCUGUCAUAGAGGCCAGUGGAUCCAUAGGGCCCACAGUACUGGAAGUGUUUAAUACUCUACUGAAGCAGCUCAGACUCAGCGUGGACUACGAGCUUACAGGAUCCUAUGACUCCUUUGCAAAUAUGGGCUCCAAGGUCAUUAAAGUACAUGAGGAGAGACAACUCCAAGAAGCCGUCAUCAAAACUAUUGGCUCAUUUGCAAACACACUGCCCACCUACCAACGCUCCGAAGUCAUGCUGUUCAUCAUUGGUAAAAUUCCUGUGCCAGGCAUGUAUCCGGCUUUGGGGUCGGCCAACACCGGGGUUGAGGGCAGUAGGAUGAUCCAGAUUAUGCUGCUAAAGUCUCUGCUGCAGGUAACAGCAGGAUUCCAGUCUACAAACAUUUUGACAGCACUUCCCACCUCAUUCCUGGACCCGCUCUUGUCCUUUACGCUGAUGGAGGACGCAGAGAUCCGUCUACUCGUUCUUGACAUUCUCAUCAGCAUCAUUGAUCGCCAUGACAACCGGCACAAAUUCUCCCCUGUCAGAAUUAUCUCAGAUAUCUCAGUACUGAAGUUGAAAGUAGACAAGUGUUCGAGGCAGGAUAACCUGUUCAUGAAGAAACACAGCCAGAGGCUGUACCGCCACAUUUACCUGACCUGCAAAGAGGAGAGCAGUGCCCAGCGGCACUUUGAGUCUCUUUAUACGCUGCUGGGGUUGAUCUGUGUGGAGCUGGCCAAUGAGGAGGUAGUGGUGGACCUGAUCCGACUGGCUUUGGCAUUACAGGACCUGGCCUUGACUGAAGAGGCUCUUCCUGUAUAUACCCGCUGUGCCAUCCACGCUCUGUCAGCUGCAUACCUGAACCUCAUCAGUCAGCUGACCACUGUGCCCACCUUCUGUCAACAUGUCCAUGAGGUGAUUGAGUCAAGAAAGAAAUGUAUUCCUUUCCUGCUGCCAGAGGAUGUUCUUGUUGAGAGCUCAAAGAUUCCAGAGAAGCUGGAGAAGGUGGAGGGAGAGGUGCUAUUCGUGCAGGCUAAGAUAGCAGAGAUGCUGGGCGGCAGCGGAUACAACACAGAGAGACUGGCCACUCCAUACAUCCCACAGAUCACAGAUGAAGACAGACUGUCCAAGAGGAAGAGUAUUGGAGACACUGUCUCUCUGCAAUUAGAGAUGGAGUCCAGAAACAGUCCAGAGAAAGAGCAGAGAUCCACAGCAGAGCAAAUAACAUUUGAAACUCUUAAACAAGCCAUUGUAGACAGCGUGAAUGUAGAGGAGCUGGAGAGAGAGCGCAGAAGGCAGGUGGUGGAGAGGUUUCAGACCGCCCCAUUUGAGGAGAUAGCAGCCCACUGUGGAGCCAGGGCUUCCCUGCUGCAGAGUAAACUCAACCAAAUCUUCGAAAUCACAAUCAGGCCUCCACCGAGUCCGUCUGGCUCUGUCGGGAACGGUCACGGCCGGAGCCGCUCCGUACCAGUCUAUGAAAUGAAGUUUCCAGACCUCUGUGUAUACUGAUAGACCCAGGAGCCUUAGUCACCACAUACAGCUGUUUUCAUCCCACUAUUAUCAAUGUCCAGGUGUAACUCUAUUUCUUCUAAACUGUGUUCUCUAGUGUAAUAUUGAACUUUAGAUAAGGAUUAUGGCUGUACUUCAUCCUGAUGUCUAUUUACGGAAACAAAGACAAACAAACCAAGAGAAUAUACCAUAUGUUGGUUAAUUAUGCACUUAAAAUCUUAGUCUAGGCUAAAAAGGACAGAAUUUAUCGACAAAUGAUCGUAUCUUGUCUGAAUGAGGUUUUCUUGUUUAGGUUACUGUGUAAGUGUGCAGUCUGUUGUUCAAAGCAAGUGAUUGGUUUUCUUGUACAACUAAAGAGUAAAGCUGCCUUAAAUUUUGUAUCUUAAGUUAAGAACAUAUGUCCAAGAAUGUCCCAGACGUGUUUCCAUGUGUGGAUAUGGAGAGUUUAACUAAAUACAAGCUUUGUUUGCAUGUUUAAACCGUCUCUACAUGCUGCAAUAACAGUUGUAUUUAAAGCAAUAAUUAUUGAACUUACAAAUAAAAACUCGUGGUUAGAAGCUGUGGAAAACAUACAGUAAAUACUAAGUUUCUAGUUCAACUCAAUGCAGUAUUCCAAUCAGAACUGCUGGCUUAAAGGAUUAGGUCGCUUUAAGAAUAAAAAUUUCCUGAGAAUUUACUCACCCCAGUGUCAUCCAGGAUCUUCAUGUCUUUCUUUCUUCAGUCGAAAAGAAAUUAAGUUUUUGAGUUAAACAUUCUAGUAGUUUUCUCCAUAUAGUGGACUUCAGUGGGGAUCAGCGGGUUGAAGGUCCAAGUUGCAGUUUCAAUGCAAGGCGCUACACAAUCCUAGCCAAGGAAUAAGGGUCUUAUCUAGCGAAACGAUUAGUCAUUUUCUAAAAAAAAUUAAAAUUGAUGUACUUUUUAAGCACCAAUUCUUGUCUAGCACUAGCUCUGUGACUUCACUCAUUAUGUAAUCACGUUGGAAAGGUCACACAAAAUGUCUUUGUAUUUUGGUUCAAAAAGGUAGGGUACAUCAGAAAAACUUAAUUUCAUUUCUCCUCCAACUUAAAAAUCACCCAACACCGUUGUUUUAUCUUAAGGGUGUUUGAUGUUCUUUGCACGUUUGCUUUGUAAACACUGCAGUACUUCCACCUGUAACUGCGUAAUGCGGGAAGUGUUUUAUUUUUGCAUUUGUGGUUAAAAAGUAAACAUGUAUAUAUUAUGUAUAUAACAUGUAUAAAAGACGAGUUCAUGAUGUUUGUACUUAAUAGAUUUGGCUGCUUUUAGCCUCAUUCUGGAGCCUUAUUAAAGUCCACUAUAUGGAGACAAUCCCGGAAUGUUUUCCUUAAAAACCUUUUUUUUUUUUUGACUGAAGAAAGAAAGACAUGAACAUCUUGGAUGACAUGGGGGUGAGUAAAUUAUUAGGAAAUUGUAUUCUGGAAGUGAACUAAUCCUGUAAUGACGCUGUGUGUAAGAAAGUGAAUGUGUUGCAUUCACAUAGUAAAGUCAGACUUGUAUCAUUACACUUAAUACUCUUAUCGAUGCAGUUUCAUACGUGAAGGGUUUUCAUUAGCAUAAUGUUUGCUUGAUUGCAUACAUUGUUUAUUUUCUCAACCAGAGUGAAUUGGUGUAAUCAUUACCAAAAUUAGUAAAAUUUCACGGGUAAAAAAGGUCCAUUGUCUACUGUCAAUGGUGUUGCGAUGUUAAAGCACAGUACACACAGAAAUCACUUUCAAACCAUGCAGCUUUCUGUGAAUUUGCAUGACCAGUUUGAACCCAUUUCCAAAUCUGCUUGGGGAAAUUCCUGCUUGUGUGUAUUCCUAUUGAAAUUGCGGUAUUUUUCUCUGUAUUCACUUUCUAAACCAAGCAGCUUUCUGUUGGUCAACACAUGGCACCUCACAGGAAUCUCUCAAUCACAUGGAUUCCUGUUGAGAUGAUGCCAUUUUGUCUGAAAAUGUGACCACACCUUUACAGACCCCUUCUUUUAGGGUCUAAAGGGAUCAAUUAUCUACCUUUUUUUUGCCAUAAUUUGUUUCACUUGUCACUUGUACAGUGAAAAAAUCCUUUAUUUUACUUAAAUAUGUAAAUAAUUUCAGGUUUACAUCAAAAUUUUGUUGUUCUGGAUUUAAACGCAGCACUUUAAAGCUCACUGUUUAAAUGUGGUGUAUGCUGAAAAAUGUACUUCAUGUUGUGCGUUAAUUUCAUCUUGAUGUGUUUUUGUCUAAAAUUUUAUGGUGUGUUAUUUGUUGUCAUAUUGUUCCAGUUCCACAUAAAAACAUGGACGUUUGCCAUGUUAGUUUUUUUAGCUCAUGGUUGUUGUAUUUUAUUUUAUAAUCAUCUUUGGUGAUACCUUGAAUUUAUUUGCAAGCGUAACAAACAAGCGAGUUUUAUCUUCUCUGUCAAUAUGGCUGUGAUUUUCAUCUGAUGGAAUAUUUAAGACUGCUUACAUGUGAGGUGAUUUUGCAUGUAUGAAAUAUCAGCGUUUAGUCUUUCCUUGUCAGCUGCUGCUGCAUGCACUGGGUGUUUUGUCUGUGCUUUUACCAUUUUUCAUUUCACUGAGAUCAUUACAACACUGUGGACCGUAAUUAGUCAACUUAGUUCCUGUUAUGUGUUUAGAGACUCUCACAGCAAAAGGAUGAGACUUCAGAACUGCGUUCUGUGAAUGUUUGCCUACAAGUGAUGUACAUAUGUGGUGUGAAUAAUACGAAUAUCAAUUAAAGACUAAUUUUAUGAAUUCAAAGGCUGACCUGUGUUUAUAGCUUUAUUGGCAACUGCACAUAUGUCUGAAUGAGUCUAAUGUGUGCUAGUUUCUCAGAAAUGAACCAUUUUGUUCUUUCCUGCUUGAAACAAUCGUUUUAUAUCACAUUUUGUAAAUUUACAGUAUAAUACAUUUCAAUAAAUAAUCUAAAAAUGCUGUUUCUUUAGCCUCUAAUCCAGUAAUCACCACAGCAUUUCUAUGUACAGAAUUCAGAAUUUAUUGUUGAAUACAAUGUGAAUAAACUCUAAGCGUCAAGAAUUAAGUGCUACUUGUAACACCACCCACCCUCUUUUUUUUGUUGACUAUGCAUGAUAAGUUUGCUGGGAAGAAAGUAUAUUAAAAACAAUCCCAUUAACCUCCCCUCACUGGUCCUUCUUCUGGUGCUCUUUGUUUAUGACGUUUUUGAAGAGUGUGAGAAGGGGUUUCUGACUACGUUCGUCCCAGGACUUCAUAAA